CCUGCGCGCUGCAGUAGCGUCGGCUGACCGCGGCGGGUCCGCUGGCGACUCUGUGACGCGAGGCAGCGUGUUGGCCACUGAGCCCUCCGGGACUCGCCACCAUGAGCAGCACCUUAGCCAAGAUCGCGGAGAUCGAAGCCGAGAUGGCUCGCACGCAAAAGAACAAGGCCACAGCGCACCACCUAGGGCUGCUUAAGGCUCGCCUUGCUAAGCUUCGCAGAGAACUCAUUACUCCAAAAGGUGGUGGUGGUGGUGGGCCAGGAGAAGGUUUUGAUGUGGCCAAGACAGGUGAUGCUCGAAUUGGGUUUGUGGGUUUUCCAUCUGUUGGGAAGUCAACGCUGCUCAGCAACCUGGCGGGGGUAUAUUCUGAGGUGGCAGCCUAUGAGUUCACUACUCUGACCACUGUACCUGGUGUCAUCAGAUAUAAAGGUGCCAAGAUCCAGCUUCUGGAUCUCCCAGGUAUCAUUGAGGGUGCCAAGGAUGGUAAAGGUAGAGGUCGUCAAGUCAUUGCAGUGGCCCGAACGUGUAACUUGAUCCUGAUUGUUUUGGAUGUCUUGAAACCCUUGGGACAUAAGAAGAUAAUUGAAAAUGAGCUGGAAGGCUUUGGUAUUCGCUUAAACAGCAAACCCCCUAACAUUGGCUUUAAGAAGAAGGAUAAGGGAGGCAUUAAUCUCACUGCCACUUGCCCUCAAAGUGAGCUGGAUGCUGAAACUGUGAAGAGCAUUCUGGCUGAAUACAAAAUUCAUAAUGCCGAUGUGACUCUGCGUAGCGAUGCCACAGCGGAUGAUCUCAUUGACGUGGUGGAAGGAAAUAGAGUUUAUAUACCCUGUAUCUAUGUGUUAAAUAAGAUUGAUCAGAUCUCCAUUGAAGAACUAGAUAUCAUCUAUAAGGUGCCUCACUGUGUACCCAUCUCUGCCCAUCACCGCUGGAAUUUUGAUGACCUUUUGGAAAAGAUAUGGGACUAUCUGAAAUUAGUGAGGAUUUACACCAAACCCAAAGGCCAGUUGCCAGAUUACACAUCCCCAGUGGUGUUGCCUUAUUCCAGGACCACUGUGGAGGAUUUCUGCAUGAAGAUUCACAAAAACCUUAUCAAAGAAUUCAAAUACGCUCUGGUCUGGGGUCUCUCUGUGAAACACAAUCCUCAAAAAGUGGGUAAAGACCAUACAUUGGAAGAUGAGGAUGUCAUUCAGAUUGUGAAGAAGUGAAACCUUCCUCUUUUCCCAUUUUCCAGCCAACCACAGCAGCUUUCCCCAAAACCACAUACCCUUCCCCAAACCUCUUCUGGCUUUGGCAGUCACUGGAUCAGGAUUCAGAGGAGGGAGAUGGAGGCAUCCAAACUGAAUCUUCACUUGUCUUAUAUUGGUGUCACCUUGUAUAUUGAACUGCAUAAAGGACCUGGUAGGCAAGCCGGCUCUAUGCA